AUGGAGACCGGGCAAGCCAGCGCCGACGACCUUUCCGCCCUGUCAUCCUCCCCUCUGUCCGCCGUCUCCCGGUGGACCCACGCCGCGUCGAUGCGGUACCAGUACUUCCUGGACAAGUCGGUGCCGCACAUCCUCUACCGCUGGAUCGCUUGCCUGGCUAUCGCGUUCAUCUACGCCGUACGCGUGUACUUGUUGCAGGGCUUCUACAUCAUCACCUACGGCGUCGGGAUUUACAUGCUUAACCUGUUGAUUGGGUUCCUCUCUCCCCAGGUGGACCCGGAGAUCCAAGACGGCCCCACCCUCCCCACCCGAGGAUCCGAUGAGUUCCGCCCCUUCGUUCGCCGCCUCCCUGAGUUCAAGUUCUGGUAUUCCAUUACGAGGGCAUUUGUCAUCGCUUUCGUAAUGACAUUCUUCAGUGUCUUUGAUGUGCCCGUCUUUUGGCCUAUACUCUUAUUCUACUGGUUCAUGCUCUUCAUUAUGACUAUGAGGAGGCAGAUUAUGCAUAUGAUCAAGUACAAAUACGUGCCUUUCUCCUUUGGCAAACAGCGAUACGAUGGAAAGAAGCCAGCCCCCACGGCCGACAGCACAAGCCUUCCCCUUCCCCGGGAAUAA